CCUGCGGCGGUGUCGCGACAGAGGAGGGGCUGGGAGAGCCCCGCGCGGCGACAAGGACGGCCCAAUGUCGCGACAGCGCCGGAGAGGGACAGCGACGGGGACAGCCCGGUGUCCCGCUGUCCCCAUGCCGCGCCGCCUGCUGUCGCUGCUGCUGGCCCCCACGCGUUUGCUGCUGGCGCUGCGGGGGCUGCUGGCCCGCGGUGGCCUCGCGGUGGCCGCGGUGGCCUCGGGGGUGGCCUUCGGCCUCUGGGGGGUGGCGCUGCUGCUGCGCCGCGGGCCCCGCGCGACAUUCGGGUGGCAGCGCAGGGACACGGCCCCGCCCGGGCUGAACGACGGCACCUUCGGGGAGCACCGGCACCUGCGGCUGCGGGUCUCGGGGCUGCGCCUCCAUUACGUCACUCGGGGUCCCCCCGGUGCCCCCCUGAUGCUGCUGCUCCACGGCUUCCCCCAGAACUGCGUUCUCAGCCCGUCACCCGUCGCAGCUGCUCCGUUCCUGUUACCUGUUCCUGUUCCAGCUGCCCUGGCUGCCCGAGCUGCUGCUGUCCCUGGCCGACUUCCAGGUCAGCUGUCCCCCCUGUCCCCUCCCUGUCCCCUCAGUGUCCCCUCU